AUGGCCCCGGCUCUGAAGCACAUAGCCAAUGCCCAAGAGGCAAGCAUUCCUAACUAUAAGAAUUUCCCCAACAUUUUCCUUGGUGCAAUUCACUCUAGCACCCAGGAUGACUCGGAGAAGCCAAUCACCAGUGGCUUUUACCGCAUCGAAAAGGGCGCAACCAUGACCGCCACUUACACCUAUUACGAGUUCAAGCUCGUCGUUGCUGGCGAUCUUAUCGUCUCUGACUCGACGGGCCAAAAAGUCAAGGCUGUCAAGGGUGAUAUCAUUUACUUCCCCAAGGGCGCAACAAUCACUUUCGAAACCGAGAAUGGCGGCGAAGCCUUUUUUGUCGCUCAACGUGCCUCACCGUAG